UACAAACCAACGUUUUACAAACAUUUGAUGUAGUGUUACAAAUCAUCUAUUGACAUGUAAAAAUUAUUUGUAAACUAUACACCCAUAAUUAGGGGUGUCAAUUGGUGUGGUUGUUAUUAACAUCAUCGUUUAGGGUGAUUAUAUGUACCCGCUUUUGGGCAGAUAUGCGUAUUGUAGCUGCACCGCGUGCAGUUACCCAUCAACUGCAUAAAGUGCGUAGCAGUUACCCACAUAUAUCGAGUGGUCAGAAUGUGGUGCGACGAGCAACAAUGGGCGGAUGGAGAUGGGGUAGCAUGGCGAUGCGCCGAUGCAAAUGGAGAAGGGAUGGUGAUGUUGUUGGGUAGUCGAAGCGCGCCAAGAUGCACAAAAAAACAAAGCAUCGAUGGCGAAUUCUUCUUCCUUCCUGGUUGGAGCGGCAGAGCGCCAAGAUACAACAGCAUCACAACAACAACAACAACAACAACAGACUCUUCCUCAAUUCCAGUUGGAGCGGUGAAAAUGUCGAGAUGCAACAACGAUGAAUUGGAACCCUAGAAAUUAAAACAGGUGGGUGGAAGCUUUCCCUUCGUCGAGCUGGAACAGCCGAGAGGAAAACAAGUUGGGCCAAAUUCGGGAUUCGAAAUUGAAGGUUAGAGUGUUUAUUCGUACUGGGUCGAAAUUAGUAGGUACGGUUAACCACAACCACAAAUCGCAAAACAAGUCAUAUCACUAAUCGUGCCCAUUUAAGUAACCUCUUAUGUGGUGUGCGGGUGCUGUUUGGUUACGGUUAACUCCGAAAAACUAUUCUUUGUCAGAGGACUCUAUUCUACCCAAUGACAUUUCUUCCAUCAAAGUCCCAAAGGAAUGAGUUUUAUAAUUACCUAAAAUGGCAUUAUGCUAAAGUGCGCUCCUGUUUGGCACCAACAAAUCCAUCCAUUCCUAGUCAGUUUGGGGCAAGCGACCAAAUGUUUGGCAAGUCCCAAUCCAUUAAAGGGCCAGCCAUCCAAUCAGUUAGCUGUUCUCUUUGUCUUGUUCUUCGUCGGCCUGGUGCUUCAUUUCGUCAAAUCGCUUCGUCGCAGGGUGGAAAUAGAGUAAUAAGACGAUCCAACAUUUCCCAUUCUCCCUGCCAAUCGCCAACAAACAAUGGCGGAUCAACAUCAGAAGCGGAUAGCCAUAAUCGGAGCAGGAAUCAGCGGCCUCCUGGCCUGCAAAUACGCCCUCUCAAAAGGGUUCCAACCCACGGUCUUCGAAUCCCAAAAUGGCGUCGGAGGAGUCUGGAGAAGGACCCUGUCAACCACCAAGCUCCAGAAUUCCAAACCCACCUUCCAGUUCUCCGACUUCCCCUGGCCGGACUCCGUCACCGUCGAGUUCCCGACUCACAAUCAAGUCCUCGACUACCUCCAGGCCUACGCCGACCGAUUCCAACUCGCUCAGCACAUCAAAUUCAACGCCAAAGUCGUUGGCAUCGACUACAGGGGAGUGGCAGAGGAGGAGAUGGAAGGCUGGCACCUCUGGGGUGGUAACGGCGAGGGUUUCGGAUGCAGAGGAGGGAGAUGGGAAGUUGAAGUUGCGGGCACCGGUUCAUCGGAGAGUGAAGUUUACGAAGCCGAUUUUGUUGUGCUCUGCUUGGGGAAGUUCAGCGACGUACCGAAUUUUCCACAGUUUGCUUCAGGACAGGGGCCUGAAGCGUUUCAGGGGAAGGUGAUUCAUUCGAUGGAGUAUUCCGAUUUGGAAGCAGAGGAGGCUCGGAAUUUAGUGAAAGGGAAGAGAGUUACUGUUGUAGGUUUCCGGAAAACGGCUCUGGAUAUAGCAAUGGAGUGCUCUGAAACUAACGGGAAGGAAAAUCCGUGCAGGGUAUUGUACAGAACAGAGAGAUGGAGCUUCCCCGAUUGGUUUCCGCCAUUGCCAUACCUAUGUUUUACUCGAUUCGCAGAGCUCUUGAUUCACAAACCUGGAGAAGGUGUCUUUCUCAGUAUUCUCGCCACACUUCUUUCCCCAAUUAGAUGGGCAGUCUCCAGAUUGGUGGAAAGUGUGGUCAAGAGCAAGCAUCCAUUGGCCAAACACGGGAUGAUUCCAAAGCAGAGCUUUCUCCAGGAUUUUAGCACGUGUCUUCUGGCGAAACUUCCUGAGAAGUUCUACGACAGGGUCGAAGAAGGAAGCAUCGUGUUGACGAAAGCUCGGAACUUUACUUUCUGUAAAGAAGGGAUCAAAGUCGAAGACGAUCAGCCUCCAUUGGAGACCGAUUUGGUGAUACUGGCAACAGGUUUCAAAGGCGGAAAGAAGGUGAAAGACAUAUUUGGAUCGAAAUUCUUCCGGCGAAGUGAAACCGGCGGCUUGCCCCUCUACAGGCAAUGCAUUCAUCCGCGGAUCCCCCAGCUAGCCGUAUUGGGAUAUUCGGAGAGCCUGUCGAACUUGUUUACGUCGGAGAUGAGGAGCCGGUGGCUGAUGGAGCUUCUCGACGGGAAGUUUAAGCUGCCGGCGAUCAAGGAGAUGGAAGACGACGCGGCGAAGUGGGAUGGAUAUUUCAAGUGUUACGGCGACGAGUACAGCGACAGGGCCUCCAUUAGCGCCAUUCAUAUUUGGCACAACGACCAGUUGUGCAAGGACAUGGGCUGGAAGCCCAGGAGAAAACAUGGGCUUUGGGCCGAGCUGUUCGAGCCUUACGGCCCAAUGGACUACGUCUGCCCUUGAUUAGGACAUUUUAUCUGUAAAUUAUCUAUUUUUGUUCACGUUUUCCUUCUAAAAUUACAAACCUGUGCUAUUCUCUAAAACUGGUCACUAAAGAGUUCAAGGUUUG